AUGUCUGCUCCCGCUUCCCCAAUUCGAGCUUCCCCGCUAGCAUCUCCUGCUACCAUGGCUUCUUCAUCCGCACCUGCGACUGCUGCUGCUGCGGCUGAUCGGAUCUUCGAUACCACACUGGAUGUAGGAUCGCCUCUCUCAGAAGUGGGACUAUUCACUCACAAGUCCCCACAGGAUGUUCACAUGGCUCCUACGAUCCAUCCGACUGUCCCGGCCUCCAAGACAACGCCUCGUUCUCCCCCACUGACCCCCGAUGAGGUUGAGGUUGGGCAAGAUGAGAAUGUUAAGGUAGGGUUGCCAGGCACUAUUGGGAAGCUCUGCGCUGAUCUUGAACUACAGUCCCACGCCAUAGACGCCCAGCUCAAUGAUUUACAUAGUAGCAAACACUCGCCAGCUCCGGCAGCGAGCUCUGCAGGUCUCCCGUCUCCAGUCCCUUCUGAGACCACCGACCGAUCGCCGGAGUGUCACGGUAAUGAAAUCGACACCCAGCAGGCUUCAAAGAAGCGCAAGCGCGGCUCGGAUCAUGAGAAUGCGGCCAAUGCUAGCAACGCCCACCAACCCGAUCAUGACUCGCCGCCGUCCAAGAAGCGCAAUAUCAGUGGCGUGGCGCAGAAGGUUAGCAAGACGCGGCAGCCGAAGGAAGAUGAACGCCUCAUUCGGCAAUCGCGUGAUCUGGAGCUUCUGAUGAGGAAGGAAGAGGUAUCCAUCGCUGCGAAGGCCAAAGGCACGAACAUCUUGCUGAAGAAAUCGAUCAAGGCUAUGAAAUAUGGCCCCAAAGCAAUCACCUUCGACCAGAUCGAGAACAAGAAACCACUGACAAGCCCACCGCCGGGCGCUACACUACCCACUUUUUGGGAUCCCUUUGCUAGAAGGCAUCUACGCGAGCAGAAGGUUGAGGUGACUGUGGCGGACUCCGUCAGCCGAGACUCUCCUAACGACCCGGACGUCCGCGAGGUCUCUCUUACACAGAGCCUAAAGAUUUUCCAGGUUACGACAGUUCCGCGAGGUCAGGGUGGCGAAAGUGCACACCUUGACAAGGAUAUCCGCAAGUACCCAACAUGGUAUCCACAUAUCUGGAUCGAGGACGACGAGGGCAAACACGGCACAAUCUACAUUCGGAAAGUAAGCCCUGAAGACUUGAAAGCCCUGAGGGAGCAAGCAGCAGCUCGGGACAGGUUCAUGAUGGGACAAGGCGUCGUUCCCCGUCCCCGCCAGCGCAAAACCGCUCCAAAGGCGCCGACCCCUCCGCAGAAGCCACACCAAACUACAGGGAAUCAGAUGAAGCAUCGGGUAGGAAAGAAGGGUAAGGCUGGCAGGGAAGCAGCUAAAGAAGGCCUGCAGGACGCGCAGAAGAAUCACGGACCAUCGCACUCGCCCUCUCCACUCUCGCUUUCGUCUUCGCCCGCUCCCUCACCCCCUCGUACUCGCGCUAAAGCCACCUCUAAGGCUGAGCGCCGCCAGCACAAGAAAAGCGAUAGAGCUUCGAAGGUGCAGUCUGCGGCUUCUGCUUCAUGCCUUGAACUUCAGCCCGCCUAUGUUGCAUUCAUGGGCUCUCUUUCUGAAGGAUGA